CAAUGGGUAAAUGAGGUCUGCAAGACACAAUGCAUGAAUUAGAAAUGUAGCAAAGGUUAGUAUAACACUGGGAUGGCAGGACUUGAGAUUUAGAAAAAUACAUGUCAUAUGUGUUAUCAGAGAGGGUAUCAGGCCUUGUGCAUUUAGGAGUGACAAGGACAAAAAGAGACUAGAAUGACACUCAAACAAGGAGGCGGUUUGCAGGAUGCCGGAGGAAUGUUUUGACCUUGAGCUACCUGUCCUCGACUCAAAUCUGCUUGGGGAUGUUGCAGGGGGCAGCACAAGAGGAAAAGAAGGAUGAUGGCUAAGAGUUUGCAGAGAAAGCAACGUGACUGUGUGAGCCAAUCCAAACCAAAGCCUGGCUUAAGCAUCUCCAACCCUUUGAGGAUGUCCAGCUACAUAUUCAAAAGGCCAGUUACUAAAAUCACGUCCCAUCUUGGCAAUGAGGUUAGGUACCACCAAUGGGAAGAGAGCCUGGAAAAGCCUCAACAGGUUUGCUGGCAGAGGAGACUUCAAGGACUCCAGGCCUAUAGCAGCUCAGGAGAACUUUUAAGUACUUUGGAUCUUGCCAAAUCCUUGCAAAAGCUCGCACCUGGCUGUACAGGUGCAUCCCUGCCAGGGGCUCUUGCUGGUGGUCUGUGUCCCGGUCCCACGCCCACCUUUGCCCGGUCCUCAGAUGUGGCGGAGGUUGUUCCUGGAACGGGUCUGGGUAGCUCACAGAUCCUCUGCAAACAAUUUCUGGUCACGGAGGAAGAUAUUAGGAAACAGGAAAGGAAAGUGGAGUUGGUGAGAGAGAGACUGGCCAUAGCAUUGAUUGCAGACGGACUUGCUAAUGAGGCAGAGAAAAUGCAAGACCAAGAAGAGCGCCCUGAAAAACACUGUGAGAAAAAGAGAAGAUAGUGAAGACGAAAGGAAACACGACCCUUCAUGAACAUCUCUUUGCACUGCCCAUAGUGAUUUUUUUUUUUGCUUUGAGCUCUUGAAACUUUAAAAUAUGCUAAUACUUCUCCUCAUUAAAAUCCUCUGCAUGACAUAA